AUGGGGGCAUACCUUGCGGAGGAGGGGUGCUGGACCGAGGAUUUCAAGGUGUACCUGCUUCAGGGGACCCUACCACAGAAGGAGGAAGACGCGGAGCACGUGGCCCGCCAGGCCACCGCUUACUGCAUUCAGGACGUCGAGCUCUACCAGAAGCGGCCAAACAACGUCUCCUUCCGGUGCAUCUCCAGGGAGCAAGGGCACGAGCUGUUGGCUGACAUACACGGCGAGGACUGCAGGCAUCACUCUUUGUCGCGCACCCUCGUGAGCAAGGCAUUCCGCAGUGGAUUCUACUGGCCCACGACUCUCAACGACGCGAGCGAACUCAUGAGAUCCUAUGAAGCCUGCCAAUUCCAUGCCAAGAAGAUCCACUAG